AUGCACUUAACGAAGUUCACAGAUGAUGGCAAGUACGAUACAACAGGCUCCAAUGUUAUUGCCUCUCAAGAUAGUCCAACAUACCCAUGGACGUCCAAAGCAAACUUUAUCACAUCGCUUCUUUUUAGUUCUCCCUGCCACCCAUUUUCUGAUGGACAGAAAAAGGCCACCAUCAAUUGGGCUAGAGAGCUCGGUGCUUGGGAUGUUCCCUCAUUUGGCACUGUCAAGAAAGUCCAGAAACACAUUGACUGUCUCAUUGGUGAUCCAACUGAGAAGGUCUUGGCUCGCUCGGGGGACAUCUUUUACAUCAACAAUAUUGCAGAAUCAAUUGCUAGGGACUAUGCGAACCCGCUCACACAAUUCGCGAUGCAAGAUUACCCUGAAGAUGGAGGCGAUGGAAUGUCACAGGUGUUUAAUGGCAUGAAGAUGCUACUUGAUCUCCCAUCACCGCCAGCAGUUCGGGUUGAUGGCACGAUAUAUUUUGUCAACGAGCUACUGCAAGAAUCAUCUAAGGCAUACUUUAUCCCAGAGUGCUUCUUUCUUGGAUCGUGUCCUUCCGCUAAUGAAGUUGAACCUGGAGCUCAGUCAAAUGUGAAAAUUCAGUACGCCCUUGGUCGAGCUGCUGGAUUCAUUGUCAACGACGAACAAGAGAUUCUACCUACUUCGGUGUUUGUGCGAUCAUUCAAAGAUAUUUCUGCAACAUCCGGUGAGCUUGAAUGUGGCCUCACAGUGCAGUGGAAUAAGCAUCACACCAUUUAUAUGUCCAAUGCCAACUUGCCGCACGAGAUGCUCGAGAAAGAGUUUUUUGUACGAUUUGUCACAUCAUCACCUCACACUGCACCAAUGGAGCUCAUUGUCGCAGCCGAAUCUGGCAUUGUUGCGUGGGACUGCAAGGACAAUCAAGAAGUGAUGCUUAUUACAUAUGUGUUGUUCGUCGCUGGUGACAAUCCCAUGCAGGCCGAAGAGUGCAGCCAUGUGGGGCUAAAUUGUAAUUAUUAUUGCAGGACGUGUGAGGUUGGUGGCACGAAGGAAUAUAAAGAAUCCGAGGCUGGAUAUAACAGCAUAUUCAAUCAAUUUGAGACUGCAAUACUUUCAGGUGCCUCAGAGAAGCUUGGCAAAAAACUCAGGAAAUGCAUAGCAGGUUCUCCGGCACUACCUGAAAAUGAAGUCAGGAUCGCGCUCGAGAAAGAGUUUGAGCAGCUCUUGCAAGGCAGAAGGCUCGAUGAUGCUAUCAAUCCCUUACUGGGAAUGCAUGCGUUCAAUGUUCACAUGGAUAUGCCAACUGAAAUUCUCCAUACAGUACUGCUCAGCAUCGUUAAAUACUUCUGGGGGCAGACAGUGUUCCUCCUCAAGAAAUCUAAGCUCCUGCAUCUCUUCCAGAACUGCCUCGAGACCAUCAAUAAGGAUGCGCUAAAUGCUCCUUACCUCAACGCCGACUACAUCUGCCACUACAAAGGCAGCUUGAUCGGCAAGCAUUUCAAGAGUCUGGCGCAAGACGUUAUCAAGCAUGUUGCGAUGGGUGGCUACUGGUACGAUGGCGAGAUCAAGAAAUGGGUUUGCGCAGGCAUCCAAGUCCUAAGUUAUCUUGAUGAGCACCCCAAACAAGCAUGGCUACUGGGGUUAUCGAACUUCAGUCACAGUGUUCCAAUAUCAGGGUCAGGAAAAGUUGAAACAGUGACUGGAAAGUCCGGAAAGACAGUCUGGAAGGACGCAGUUCCCUGGAAGGAUACACGUUGUGCGAAUAUUCCUGGAACUGCUCCACAUGACCCAUGCAUUGAGUACUACCAAGGUAAAUGUGUUGUGACGAGUACAGGAGAAAACCCAGCGGAUGGAAAGGCAGAACGGACCCUAACAUCUCGCUCAAGGUGCAUCGUUCAACACAAGCUGACACCACACUACAUCCUUAACGCGUACUCUAUUCAUAACUACGACUACAUAUGUCUUGUUACGCCUGAUACCCUUCAUGAGACGCCGCUGAGAGUCACCAAUGUGGCCAAACAAAUGCAGGAGAAGCGAGCAGCCAAAAAGUCCGGAGAUGUACCUCAACAAGGAGAAGGUGGUCACAUUGACAAUGUCCCAGCGCCCCAUGCAGUCUUUGAUUGUGCUCCUGCCGUGAAGACUGGUGCCAAACCAAAGGCGAAGUCAGCAGUUCCAGCGUGCGAGGAAAAAAGAAGACUGCCCCCAACAUUUUGCACUGCAAGCGGGACCUUCCUCAGCCCAGCUGACGUAUAUUCCUCCUCAGUUUUCGCACCGUCCUGUGCCUCAAUCAUACAUGCCACCACCUCACUCAUCCAUGAUUCAAGUUUCACACUCAGACCAACCACGCAUUUCUCCACAAAUGUCAUAUUACCUUCCGCUUCAACCCCACCUUCCUGCCGCUCAAUCACACUUGCCUCCACCCCAAUUACAUGUUCCUUCAUUCCCAUCAGCUCCAAUUACCUGGCAUCCAGGCCAUCAAACAUUUUCACAUCCACCGCCCAUACCUCAUUUUCACCAUACGUUACCGCCUAA